AUGUACAACUUCACGUCGUAUUCCGGUAGUACAUCUUUAUCUCGGCAUGCCACCUUCUGCACGGUGCUCACAAAGAAUAGUCUGCACAAGGGCUUUCUCAUCAUGCGAGGCAAUGUGAAGCGCCUUUACCUCUUUGACAUCGAGGAAAAGAAACUUGACCUGAAGUACCUCAAGGAAGAAGAAACAGUCUAUCCAGGAGCAGUUUUUGAGUUCCCUUGCCACAUUGUUGAUGUUGGACAGCCCAUUCUUAAAGAUGAGGAUGCUUAUGUCGCUAUUGAACAUGAACCAAAGAGGGAUGUGAAGAGGAAGCGUUUGAAGAGAAAACCACAGCCGGUGACAUCACCUCAGGCAGCAUUGCUAAGAUCAUCCAUAGGCAUGUUUGCGAGAGUGGCAUCAUCAAGGAAGGGAGUAUCCCCUCAAGCAAAUGUUACUGUGCAUUUCCCGUCUCCACAUCUUCAACGGAGGCGUCGACCAAGGAAGCUGAAAUCACAGAUUUGGAAAGAUUUCAGCCCUAUAUAUGAACAUGGAAAAGUUUCUCAAGGUCGCUGCAAGCAUUGCAACGAAGUGUUUCUUGCCUCUCAGAGUUCAGGGACUAACCAUAUUCGUAGGCAUCUAAAGAAUUGUCUUGUGAGGAGUAGCAUGCAUGAGAUGGUGGCAAAAAUGCGUGCUUCUUCAUCAUCACCAAAAUGCCUUGCCUUGGAUGAUUGGCACUACAGUCAAGAAGAGUCCAGGAAGCACCUUGCAAACAUGAUAGUUCAGCAUGGGUUACCAUUCUCGAUUGUAGAAUAUAGUGGCUUUGUAAAGUUUGUGAAGAGCUUGAAUCCUAUGUUCACCAUGGUUUCAAGAACAACUGUAAAAGAUGAUUGCAUGGAGUCGUACAAAGAGCAAAGAUCAAUGUUACGGGAAAUGUUGAAGAAUUGUGGUGCUCGAGUCUCACUAACUGCGGACAUGUGGACCUCCAACCAGAGGCUAGGAUAUUUAUGUGUGACUUGUCAUUUCAUUGACAAGACAUGGAAGAUGCAGAAAAGAAUACUUAGAUUUUGUAUGAUGGAAACGCCACAUAGUGGUUUUCGGAUGUACAAUGUCAAGUUAAAGAGUUUGCAGUAUUGGAAUAUUGAAGAUAAAAUCUGCAGCAUUACACUAGACAAUGCAUCAGUCAACGGCAAGAUGAUGGAGUAUCUGAAAGAAAAUUUGACGAAGAAACAAAUGUUGGCUUGUGGAGGUGAACUUCUUCACAUCCGAUGUGCUGCUCAUGUGCUCAAUCUUAUCGUGCAAGAUGGUCUGUUUGUAAUGAAAGGUCCCAUCGAUAAGAUCAGAGCUAGUGUCAACUAUGUGAGGAGUUCACAAACUCGAGAGCAGCUGUUUGAUGACAUAGUUAAGCAGUUGGGCAUCAUAUGUGAGAAGGAACCCUCUAUUGAUGUUGCCACACGAUGGAACUCGACAUACCUUAUGAUCGAGUCAUCUCUGCCUUACAUGGAGGCAUUUGACGAGUUGGUGAACCAAGAUCGCCAAGUUAAGUAUGCUCCUUCAGCUGAAGAUUGGAAAAUGGCUAAAGAGAUCUGCUCACUAUUGAAGGUCUUCUUCGAAGCUACAAAAGUUGUUUCAGGUUCUAGCUAUCCAACGGCCAACCGUUACUUUCAUGAAAUAUGGAGCGUUAAAAUGUUGUUGAAAAAACAUGCAAUGAGUAAAAACAAAGUGAUUGCAUCCAUGGUGAGCAAGAUGCAAAAAAAGUUUGACAAGUACUGGACUGAGUCAUACUUGGCUAACUGCAUACCUGUGAUCCUCGAUCCAAGAUACAAGUUAGAACUCAUUGAAUUUCGCAUCAAGCAAGCAUUUGGAGAUAAAGCAGGAGAACACCUAGAAAAGGUGGAAAUGGUUCUCAAUAGUCUCUUUGAAGAGUACUACAAUAAGAUGGGGGAAUCUUUUGCUGAUCACUCAGGAAGAGAAUUUCAUGUUGAUGAGGUUGCGGCAGUUGACAAUCCAUUAGCUGAUUGGGAAGCCCAUUUAAAAGUGAAGAAGAAACAAGCAACCAGUGAGCUCGAUACAUACCUGACCGGAGAUCUUCACCCCCCGAAAAAAGAUUUUGACAUUUUGGAAUGGUGGGAAAUGCACAGUAUAAAUUACCCAGUCCUAUCUUGCAUUGCUCGUGAUGUCCUAGCCAUUCAAGCAUCGACCGUUGCAUCAGAGUCUUCUUUUAGUGCCGGCGGGAGAAUCAUUAGUGAUCACAGGACCAGGCUAAAGAGCGACACGGUUGAGGGGCUGUUAUGCCUCCAAGAUUGGCUAAAUGCUAAUGACACUAAACCAACUAAUAAAGAUGCUGAGGAGGAAGUAUACUUGGAGUUCCACCAAGCAAGCAAGUGCCACAAAGAAGGCCGCACUCGCUUGCGCUCCUUUGUGCCCUCCUCGUCGCCGCUCUCCUCCCCGGCGUCGAGUAGCUCACUGUCUCCCUCGAUCUCACCUGAUCAAGGAUGAAUCUGAAUGCUCAAGGAAGUUGAUGAUUACUGUAGCGAUUACUCUGUUACUCAGCUAUUCAGAACAACAUCGACGCUGCAAUACAGCCACGGAACAGAACAACUUUCUAUAUUUAGCUAUUGUCUAUCUAACUUUGAAUGGCUGAUACUGAAUGGUAAUUCAGGCACAUACUCAAUGGCUGACGUGAGUCAUAUUGAAGAGUGUCAUCUGACUUAUGUCAAGAUCUGAGCCUGUCAUUUGGUUGUGCUAUUUCUCUGUGAGUACUAGUUUGUAUUUGAUAUGAGUGAAGUGCAACAAAAUGGAAAUAUUGGGAAGAGUUUAUUUUA